AGCAGUGGUUGACGUUUAUCAAAAGAAAUAUUGUCACACACAUCGCAUACUUUUAUGAAAUCAUAACUCAGAGGACCACUCUUCAGGGAUUUAUCUUCGUUCAAGUACAUUCAAAGUAAAUUUAAUUGUACUUUAAUUUAUUUGCUCAGUUUGUUUACUUACGAAAUAGUUUCCUUAUCUAAAUCGCCGUAAUGGACACAACCUCCAAUUUAGUUGUUUCUUCUCCAAAAAUUAAAUAUACUGAAGAUUAUAUUUAUGCAGAUUACGAUUAUGAAGAGACAUUGGUCACAAGAAACAAGAAUGAGCUUGUGGCAAGGCCGCUCCGUACCUCAAUGCAAAUACGAACCCAGAGGAAGGUAGGCAAGGUUGGUGUGAUGCUGGUGGGGUGGGGAGGUAAUAAUGGUUCCACCUUCACAGCAGCGGUGCUCGCCAACCGUCACCAGCUCUCAUGGAACACUAAGAACGGAAAAAUGGAUUCUAAUUGGUAUGGUUCGAUAACACAAGCAUCAACUGUUAGGCUCGGAAUUGACGAGAAGGGCAAUGAUGUCUAUGUUCCAAUGUCACAGCUGUUACCAAUGGUAAAUCCAGAUGAUAUUGUGAUCGAUGGCUGGGACAUCAGUCCGCUAAAUCUGGCCGACUCCAUGGUUCGAGCGAAGGUCAUCGACUUUGAUCUGCAGCAACAACUGAAGAAAGAGAUGUCCACUAUGAAGCCACGGCCUGCGAUCUAUGAUCCAGACUUCAUUGCCGCUAAUCAGGCUGAUCGCGCAACGAAUCUCAUCAGAGGCACUCGCUACGAGCAAUAUUUGCAAGUGCGAGCCGACAUCAAAGACUUCCGCGAUAAACACAAGCUGGACAGCAUCAUCGUGCUGUGGACAGCAAAUACUGAACGGUUCUGUGAAGUCAUCCCCGGAGUGCACGACACAGAUGAAAACUUGGAGAAGGCGCUAAGAGCUAACAACUCGGAAAUAUCGCCUUCCACCAUCUUUGCGUUGGCCGCCAUUGAUGAAGGAUGUUGCUACAUAAACGGUUCGCCACAAAACACGCUAGUCAACGGCGUGGUAGAGCGCGCAUCGCGUCUGGGCGUGGCGGUCGCGGGAGACGACUUCAAGUCGGGUCAGACCAAGCUCAAGUCGGUGCUCGUGGACUUUCUGGUGUCUGCCGGUCUAAAACCGGUGUCUAUCGUCAGCUACAAUCAUCUUGGUAAUAAUGAUGGCAAGAACCUCUCAGCGCCCAAGCAGUUCCGAUCCAAGGAGAUAACGAAGAGCAACGUGGUGGACGACAUGGUGGAGUCGAACCAGAUCCUGUACAAGCCGGGCGAGAAGCCCGACCACGUGGUCGUCAUCAAAUACGUGCCCUAUGUCGGUGACUCGAAGCGCGCAAUGGACGAGUACACGUCGGAGAUACUGUUACACGGCGCGAACACGAUCGCGGUGCACAACACGUGCGAGGACUCGCUGCUGGCCGCGCCGCUCAUGCUCGACCUGCUCGUGCUGGCCGACCUGCUGGCUCGGGUCAGCUUCCGGGAGGACCAUACUAAGGAGUGGAGCGGCAUGCACGCGGUGCUGUCCCCGCUGAGCUACCUGCUGAAGGCCCCGCUGGUGCCCGCCGGAGCGCCGGUCGUCAACGCGCUGUUCAAGCAGCGAGCCUGCCUCGACAACCUGCUGCGGGCCUGCCUCGCCCUGCCCCCGCUCGCCCACCUGCAGCUGGAGCACAAGGUACCAUUCCUGAUGUCGUCUCUCCGUUCGGGCGCCAUGUUCUCUCCGCCCAACAAGAAGCAAAAGCUUGCGCAUGAAAAUGGCGACCAAUAAACCUUCAUCUAUGAUCACCUGUCAUCAUCUAUUAUCACCUGUCAUCAUCUAUGAUCAUCUGACAUCAUCUAUGAUCAUCUAUCAUCUACCACUCUCUCCCCCUUAUAUACAUUUUGUGACCAUUUGUGAUAAAAUGAACCAUAGUGCCCAUUUGACGUGCCAUUUACCAUGUUUCAAUUCUGAUUUCUGAUUGACCUAUAUUGUUUGUUUUUGUAGUUUAGUAAAAUUUAUUUUGAAUAUUAUGAAGUAUUACAGUUUAGUAUUGUAUUAAAUUUAUGUUGUGAUUAUUUGCGAUUCUAUCAUAUACCAAAAAAAAAAAUUGUAAUAAAGUGUGUGUUUUAAGUAAAAUUAGAUCUAAAAGUAUUUAGAGGCUCGUUAUUUUUGUUUCUUUUUGUGUUGAAAUAUCACGAAAAGUUGAUUCGUUUUGAGUUUAUUCAUAAAACGGUAUUCUUACGAAAUAUUUCGCACAAAUUUUGUGUAAGUACUUAUUUUUUUAUUAAAUUUCGUUCUUUUUUAUAUUGUUAAAUUUCGUUGAAGUAUUAAAUAGGUAUAUUUCAGUAUUAUUUAUAGAUUAAGCAUUAUUUUUUUGCACAAUUUUCUGAGAAAAGUGUAAUAUUUUGUUCAAUGAUCUGUAUUUUUAAAUCUCAAAACAUACGUCGGAAUUGAUAAUAAGGGGGAUUGAAGCAAUUUAUUUUUUCGUUUAAUUAUCAUAUAAAAGUUAUAUUGUUCGUUACGUAAUACGUAUAUCAAAGAAGUAUUUAUGAAUAAGAAAUUAUCAUAUUUUUAUAAUUCCGAUUAGAUAUUAGAAAAAAUGAAUUUUGAUUAUUAUUUUAUCUUAGAGUGCAGUUUUGGCUGUGUUGCGUUUUUUUACCAUAAGUACGACCAUGUUACGUUUCGAGUUUGACUCGAUAAUAUUAUUUAUCUAUUCCAUUAUUCGCUUUUGAAGUGAACCUGAUUAUUGAAGAUUUUUAUGCGUGUGAGUUACUCCGUCCAUGUAAUUUUUUCCCAAUUAUUACUACAUUUCAUUUUGAGACUAUAGACUAAAUAUUUUUAUUGAAAUGGUUUGAGACUAUAGACUACAUAUUUUUAUUCAAAUAUGGUUUUUGUUCAAAAUCAGACUUUUACAAGAAAUCAAGAAUAAAAGGACGGAGUAAAGAUUGCAAGUAAAUAGACGUAUAAAGUUUCAAAAUGUGCGAGUGUCAAUUUUCAUUCCGUUUCGUUUACAUUUGAUAUGCGACUCGACUUCUAAUGUAAACUGAAUAAUGUAAAAAUUCUUAUAUCCUAUUGAUAUUUUGGAGUAUUUACAAAAAGUACGUAACUUUGGAAAACCUUGCGUGCGUGCGCGUAUUUGGAAAUAUUUACAUGUAAAAUUUUAAUAUUAUUUUUAGUGUUGCACUAUCUCGUUUAACGAUUUAAUUUUCCACUGAAUCUCUUGAGAAUCAUCAGUAUUAUACAAUGAUAUAUACAGUUUUAGUCCAAGUUAUUGUAAUAGUUGUGCCCAGUUGUGAUUGAUCGCAUUUAGAUUACUGCAUUGUGAUUUACGAACGUAAUUGUAAAACCAAAUACUUAAUAGUAUGAAUACGUAUAUUCUGUUAUUGCACUUAAUGUAUUUCGUAUAAUUGUAUAAGUAUUCGUUUUGUGUAGAUGAUAGUUCUUGUGUGUAGAUGUUCCUUUACAUAUGUUUAUUGUAUUCAUUUGUGCACUAUUCAAUAAAUUGAUUUUAUUAACACCAAA